AUGGAAGCCGAAAAAGAAGACGUCCAACAGAAGGCGUGGUUCACUAUACUGUCUCCAUUUGAAAAGAGAAUGGUCAUCCAAAAUGGGUACACAAGAGAAGAGGAACUCGAGUUUAUCGAAAGGUAUCGAAAACAUCAGUUUGAACUCCACCCACAACCUCCACAAAACAAUGUUAUACCCUUAAAUGGUGCACCACAUGUUAAUGUUAAUAAUGUGGGUCCAGGAAACAAUAUCGCUGUUCCACAAAAUGGCCAGCCCGGAUUCUUCCCAGUUCCACUCCCUAAUAUACCAAAUCCCCCAAAUCAAGAUGAUGAUAAUAACAGUGAUUCAGAUAAUGAAAAUGAUGAAUUUGAACGACAAAAUGAAGUCACUCAACUUAACCCGGAACAAUUGGAAAAAAGAAGAAUUACCGCGUUGAAAAGAAUGAGACAGUCGGAGGAAAUUACAAGUGCACCAAUCAACGCAAGUCAACAAGACUUGUAUACAAAUCCACACAUCUACAUCGUCCCAUAA